GAAGUGGUAGCUUUUCAACCAUUAAUUAGGGUUUGUGCUUUUAUAAUCUGUCAUAAAAUGGGAAAGGCAACGGAGCCAACAGCUUCCCAAGCUGAACUGCUUGCAAUUUCUACUGCUGAAAUUGUGCGUGUUUUAAUUGAUGCCCAUGACUCGGGGCAAGACAUUAAUUUAAACAAACUGAAAGGAAGAAUUUCAUCGAAACAUGGCUUGAAAUCUCAACCAAGACUUACAGACAUUAUAGCGGCUGUUCCACACCAGUAUAAGAAGUCACUUCUACCCAAACUGAGGGCAAAACCUGUCAGAACUGCCAGUGGGAUAGCAAUUGUGGCUGUUAUGUGCAAACCUCAUAGAUGCCCACAUAUAAACAUGACCGGUAACAUUUGUGUGUAUUGUCCAGGAGGUCCAGACUCUGACUUUGAGUAUUCAACACAGUCUUACACAGGAUAUGAACCCACUUCUAUGAGAGCAAUACGUGCCCGUUAUGACCCAUUUUUACAAACCAGGCACAGAGUUGAGCAACUGAAACAGCUUGGGCAUUCAGUGGAUAAAGUCGAGUUUAUAGUCAUGGGGGGAACUUUCAUGUCAUUACCUGAUACAUAUAAAGACUACUUUAUAAGGAAUCUGCACGAUGCCCUCUCAGGCCACAGGAGUAAUAAUGUAGAGGAAGCUGUUAAAUACAGCGAGAGAAGCCGCACAAAAUGCAUUGGUAUAACCAUCGAAACAAGGCCAGAUUACUGCCUCAAAAAACACCAAAGUGAAAUGUUAACAUACGGGUGUACGAGACUUGAAAUUGGUGUUCAAAGUGUGUACGAGGAUGUAGCACGUGACACUAACAGAGGACACACAGUUCGUGCUGUAUCAGAGUCAUUUCAAAUUGCGAAAGAUUGUGGUUUCAAAGUUGUCACCCACAUGAUGCCAAACCUGCCUAAUGUUCGCUUAGAAAGAGACAUUGAACAAUUUGUUGAGUUUUUCGAAAACCCAGCCUUUCGACCUGAUGGUCUUAAAAUAUAUCCAACGUUAGUAAUUCGUGGAACAGGUUUGUAUGAGUUGUGGAAAACUGGUCGAUACCAGAGUUAUCCGCCUUCUACAUUGAUUGAUUUGGUUGCUAAGAUUCUUGCUCUUGUUCCCCCAUGGACAAGAAUUUACAGAGUACAAAGAGAUAUCCCAAUGCCACUGGUAUCAUCUGGAGUAGAACAUGGUAACUUAAGGGAAUUGGCUCUUGCAAGAAUGAAAGAUCUCGGCACCACAUGCAGGGAUGUUCGUACUAGAGAGGCCGGGAUACAACAAAUACAUCAUAAAGUGAAACCAUACGAAGUUGAACUGAUAAGAAGGGACUACACAGCAAAUGGUGGCUGGGAAACAUUUCUUUCAUAUGAAGACCCAGAGCAAGAUAUUUUAGUCGGGCUUUUGAGACUCAGAAAAUGUUCACAAGAAGCUUUUCGGCCUGAAUUGAAAGGCAAGGGUGCGUCCUUGGUACGCGAACUGCAUGUUUAUGGUAGUGUGGUUCCUGUGAGUUCUAGGGAUCCUGCUAAGUUUCAACAUCAAGGGUUUGGGACUUUGCUGAUGGAGGAAGCAGAGCGUAUCGCUCUUGAGGAACAUGGAUCGUCUAAACUUGUCGUUAUCUCAGGAGUGGGCACGAGGAACUAUUACAGGAAACUUGGUUAUGAGUUGGAUGGUCCAUACAUGUCAAAGAACUUGAUAUAAAUUUUAAUUUUAUGUGCAAUUGCUGUGUAUGUGUAAAGCGUUUUGUAAAAAAAGUUCUGUUUUUGAUUUUGGUGUCAACAUUUUUUGGGGUUGUUAGUUUAAACUGUUAUUGUAUUUCAAGAUUAGUUUGCAAUCAUGUUAUUAACCUUAUCAGUAAAUCACAGUCCAUUUAUAGGGCUGUCAUUAAAAUACAUUGCAUGUUG